GUUUGGAUUUCGAUUGAUGAAAACAUAUAUCCCUAAUAAUGUUUUCUUUGUUUCUAGCUAUUGGUGAAACCAAUAACUAUUUGAACGAUAAAUUAUGGAAGUUAUGUGCUGGACCUCUGUUUGAUACUCCAAAAAUUGGAGAGAAACUAGUUGCCUCUAUGGACGACGAACUUUGUCAACUAAAACCAAUUUUUGAUAUUCCUUCAAAAAUUUGUUGUAAUGUUUUUAGUAUCAACCUUAAGGUAGAGCCCAGUACUAAUGAAAUUUAUGCAGAAGUUUCUUUGUUGCCUGAUACAUCUGAUGUUGAAAUCCCUAUUCCUAAAAACGAAAACAACAUACAAAACAUUAACUAUUUCACCAAGGUGUUAAGUGCUUCUGAUACCAGCACAAAUGGUGGUUUUGUUUUGUAUAAAAGACAUGCCAUUGAAUGUCUUCCCCUGUUGGAUAUGUCUCAGCUAACCCCAAGUCAAGAGAUAAUUGCUAAAGAUAUCCAUGGUCAUGAAUGGAGUUUUAAACACACUUCAAGAGGUACACCAAAAAGACAUCUUUUCACAUCUGGUUGGAAUGAGUUUGCAAAAGGAAAAAAAUUGGUUGCUGGAGACUCUUUUGUGUUUCUUCGAGGAGAGAAUGGGGAAUCACGAGUUGGUAUCAGUAAAGCAGCUCAUCAGCAACGCAACAUACCAACAUCUUUAACUUCAAAAGAGAGUAUGCACCAUAGUGUGGUUGCUACUGCACUGAAUGCUAUUGAAAACAAAUGUAUGUUCGUUGUGUUCUAUAAGCCAAGGUCGAGCCAAUUCAUUGUCAACUUCGAUAAAUUUGUAGAUAGAGUGAAUAAUAAGUUUAGUAUAGGCUCCAGAUUUUCGAUGAAGUUCGAAGGAAAAGAUCUAAAUGAAAUAAGAUACAAUGGAACAGUAGUGGGAGUGAGAGAUUUCUCCACUCAUUGGAAAGAUUCAGAAUGGCGAAGUCUAGAAGUGCAAUGGGAUGAAGCUGCAACAAUUCCAAGACCUGAUAAGGUAUCUCCAUGGGAGAUUGAGCUGUUAACACAUUCAUCAAACAUUUUCAAGUCAGAUGCUCUAAAACAUAAACGUCAACUCGAAGUACAUGAGUUUGGUUCAAAAAUGUGGGCUCCUACAAUCUACAAUGAGCAAAUGGUUCAAGCAAUGAAAGAACCGUCAACCACAAAAACUACUAGCUGCAGACUGUUUGGAGUUGAUCUAAUGGUUCCCGCUAUAACAAAGGAUCCAGUGGAACCUAUUGUCUCAAACAAAAAAUGUAAGAUUUCUAAAAUCUUUGAAGACGAAAAGGUUGACCAUGUCCAAGCUAAAAGUCGUACUAAGGUUCAUAUGGAAGGUGUCAUAGAAAGAACUGUAGAUUUAACUAUAUUUGAUGGAUACAAUCAGUUGAUCGAUGAACUAGAAAGACUCUUUGAUAUCAAAGGCGAGUUGCAUAUGCACAAUAAAUGGAAAAUGUUCUUCAUAUAUAAUGAUGGAGAUAUGAUGAUUCUUGGAGACGAUCCCUGGCCAAAAUUUUGUAAUAUGGCUAAGGAAAUAUUCAUAUGUUCGAAAGAGGAUGUCAAGAUAGGGAUAGCAGAUAACAGAUUCUCCGAAGGUGAUCCAACAUUAACAACAACAAUCUUACCACCAGAUGUCAACAACACUUAGAGAGAGUUUUGAUUUUAAAAAUUAAAUGUUGCUUGUUUUUAUUAUAUAUUAAACAAAAGGAUUUGAAAUUUGUGUAACUUAAAAAUAUAUUAUGGAGUGUUUUGGUAUUUGAUGAUUGGUGUCUUGUCUAGCGGUUGAAGUUUUAAAUGAAACAAAUAUCUUCUUUUUUUCUUCUUUUUAAUCUUUUGUCGACUUGUUUAGUAUUGUGCGUGUAUGUCUUUUUGGUAUUACAUAUGUUAUGGAAUGUUUUGGCAUGUAAUACCGGCGUGUAACCACUCUUCUCAAGAACUCUCUGCCACAGGUAACAUGAAUAAUUAACACGGUGGAUAUGACAUAUAAGGAAAAUCAGAAAUGCUGCUCCCAAAACUACUUUCACAGCUUCAGUGACUUGGAGUCAUCUUCAGGUUCAGCUUCCUGUUGUUCAAUGGCAUCAAUAAGUGUUCUUCAAAGACACAAUCCCAAGCAUGCCCUUGGAUUGUCUUCUUUGCGCAAGCCACCAAGAGAACAGACAACACAUCUUUUUGGUUGCUCAUAUUCCUUUGAGAUUUGAUCUUUCUUCUCAUCCAAACUCCAUUAGUGCUGUUAUCCAAGCCGGUAAGGUGCAUCAAAAAUUUCCAGAUUGUGCUUCAGGGAGCGAGGAACAGAUUGAGCAGGAGUGCAGUCUUUGUAAUGAACACCACCGAGCCUAUAAAUUGUUCCCUUACGUGUAUGUACGCUCUAAAGAAGAAAAAAAGGAAAUGAGUUAGAAGUUAGGUGAUUAAACUAAGCACCUAUCACAGGCAAUGGCAAUCUACUCAGAAUAGCACAUAGUUCACUAUAUCAACAACUUAGCAUUAUACCAAACAAUUAAGCAAGUUAAUCCAGUUGAGGCAAAGAGUUCUCUGGGAGUUUAAAUAUGCACAAUCAAAUAAUAGUGAAGAAAACAAAGCUUUUACGGGGGCUCAGUCUGCAGAGCCAAUAACAAGUAAUCAAAAAUAUGCAGAAACGAAAUAAGAUAAUACGAAAAACAAGCUUAAAAUAAGAGAUCUUUAUUCUGAGUUUGCGUAUAAGCGUUCUAGAGACCGAAUAAAAAAUGAAGUUCGUCUGGAAGCGAAACUACAACAUAAAUAUAAUAACACGGGCAGUAAAACCUAUCUAAGUUCACUAGAGUAACCACCUAUGCCAAGAAAACCAUGUGAGUCACAACUCAUUUAGAAAAAGACAAAUAUAAAACCUAAAGUUUCUAAUUGCAGAGACUAAGUUUCUUCCCCCUUUCUUCUCUGUCCCAGCCUUGCUUAUAUACACCUCCAAGAUCGAAUGUGUUGUUAUUUUCCUGUUAAUCUAUAUCUUCUCUUUUCUCCCAUCUUUCUUUAUUUGUCGAGAUUUGAGUUUAUCUCUUUCGAAAAUCUUUCGUUAUCAUGUUUUCUUCCUUGUUCCUCCCAAACAAAGUAACCAUUGAUAUACUUUGGGUUUUAUGAAUUUUAACCAUGUCAUAAGUCUGGUUCAGAGUAUAUAUUAUAGU